CCGUGACACGCCAAAUAUUCCAAGUAUAGACCGGAAGCUACUCGUUCCAUCCCAAGCUACCAGCAAUUGCCCCUCGCGUUUGCGCCUUCCGCAAAUAUGGGUAGACGGCCAGGCAGAGCGGCAGCUAAGCAAGCUGCCGUUGCCCUCAAGAACACCCCCCAGACCAUUGAAGACCCCGAAGACGAGACCAUGGCGGACGUCCCAACCUCAGACCCCGUAUCCCCCCGCGACCAUGACGACGACGACCCCGACGCAGAGGACGACGGCACCCCAGCCCCCCAGGAGUCAGAACCCCCCUCCGAAGCCGCCACGCCGCAACCCGAACCCGAGCCUGUCCCGCGCAAGCGCCGCCUCGGGCGCCCCCCCAAGAUAAAGCCCCCAGGCUGGGACACCCCUGAUGACGGCGACGCACCUGCCAGCACGCCUGCCAAGCGCGGAAGGGGACGCGGCGGCUUCGCUCGUGGAGGCGGGCGCUGGGCGAGGCGCGGGGGGCCGUCGCAUGUCACGCAGCAGCCGAUUGAUAAGGAGGGGAACAUGAUGAAUGUUGAGAACGACGAGGUGUCUCUCCCAGAGGACGCAGAGGGCGAGACGAAGGUGGAUAAGAUGGGCCAUCUGCAGGGGGAUCGCGAGUACAGGUGCCGCACGUUCACAGUGCUCGGGCGCGGACAGCGCUUAUACAUGUUAUCGACCGAACCAGCGCGCUGCGUGGGUUUCCGCGACAGUUAUCUCUUCUUCACGAAGCAUAAGCGGUUAUAUAAGAUUAUCAUCGACGACGACGAGAAGCGCGAUCUGAUUGACCGCGAACUGAUCCCGCACUCGUACAAAGGCCGUGCUAUCGGUAUUGUUACUGCGCGCUCUGUCUUCCGCGAGUUUGGCGCCCAGAUCAUCGUUGGUGGAAAGCGCGUCUAUGAUGACUAUGAGGUUGCUAAGACGAGGGCUGAGGGCGUUGUGGCGGGCGAGCUCGCGGACCCGAAUGAUGCCUUUAAAGUCGGCGAGGCGUACAACAAGAACCAGUACGUCGCCUGGCACGGCGCAAGUUCUGUGUACCACUCCGGCGCCCCGACGGUGCCUCUACAGGCUGGAAAGGCCGCAGAGUCCAAGAAGCGCCGCGUCAUGGUCAAUGAUACGAAUUGGAUGCUCGAGCACGCCCUUGAGGCUAGCCGCUUCAACUCCGCCCUCGCCGCCACCCGCCGCCGCAACCUAUCCGGCGUCUACGACCCCCACACAAACACCAUGCAAUACCCCCAAAUCAUGCAACCCACGCACGCACGCUGGGAGCCCGUCGGCCCCAUCGACGCCGCAACAGCCGGCAUGCAAGCCAUCACCGUCUCCUCCACAUCCACUCCCCCCUCCCCCACCACCGGCGACACCAUCUUCCCGCCCGUACCCCCGCAACUCGCGCGGAACUUCCUAAUCGUCGAUACCGUGUACGAGAACGCGUCGCACUCGCACCUUGGGAUACCCGGUCCGGAUGGCGGGGAUAUGGAUCUUGGGUUUAAGGGCCUGGAGGGGGUCCGAGAGGAUGUGAAGGAGCUUUUGCCGAGGGAGUGUAGGGAGGCGUUUGAGAGGGCGUUGGGGAGGGAGAGGGUGUGGAAGGGGGGGUGGGGAACGGAGGUGGAGGAUGGGAGGAGGGGGAGGUUGGUUAUUGAUAAGGGUGUUAUUUUGUAGGGGGUGCGGGUGGUUCCUAUUUGGUGGGGGCGCAUGAUGGGAUGGGCGGCGUUUGGCGUUUGAUUGGGGGUGUGGUGUGGUGGCCUGGUGGGUUUUAUGGGCUGAGAGGAUAUCGAAGUCACUUUACUCCAUCUUUUUAUGGGGUGGAGAUGGGGUUAUAAUGUAGGAAUAUAUAUUACAUCGUCUGCUCUACAUUUGGUCAACCCUACCGCCCCGUCCUUACUUACUCGCACAGCCUUGAAGGCUGGGUAUAGCAACUAAUCUCCUUUCUACAACCCCUUUUCCCCUUGCUUGCUCAACCUCUGUGGGCUGGGCUUUGCAUGGAUGGCAUCGUGUAUGUGCGCAGGGCAGGUUAUGAAACUUAGCAUCUUGCGCUAGAACUUAAGACGGAGGCAAGACAGAGGCAAGACGGAUACAAGACGGAGGCAAUACGGGUGCAAGGUGGGGGCAAGGCGGAGGCAAGACGGAUGCAAGACGGGGGCAAAUACGGAGGCAAGACGGAUGAUAUUGUGAAUUUGCGCACGAUGGAUUAUAAAAACAGGAAGCUGCGCAAAAAUGAAUGUAUGCGGAAUUCAUUAGGAAUGCAUUUCGUCAAAUCCGGCUCAAUAUACGCAAGAUGGCCCUAUAUAUAUGAUAUAACAACGAUAAUCUAGUACUAGAAUUAAAG